AGCAUAGUAGUAUAGUAUGACGAGUAGUAUUUGGCGCGUUUUUUUAAACAAACCCCAGACUGGACUGGUGCAGCGUAGUGCAUUGGGAUUUCUAUUACUUUUUAAAGUAUUUUAUGGUUCAUUUAUAACAGUGAUCUAUCAUUUCUCGUCAUGGCGACUCCCCCGAAGAGAAUUUGCUCCGGUUCUGACUUCAACAGCAGUUUUGAAAAGAGAGUUAAGAAGAUUUCUAUUGAAGGAAACAUUGCCGCAGGCAAGUCAACCUUUGUGCGGUUGUUAGAAAGAGAAUCCGAGGAAUGGGAAGUGAUCCCUGAGCCCAUUGGCAAAUGGUGCAAUGUUCAGACUGCUGAGAACGAGUAUGAGGAGCUGACCACAUCCCAGAAAAGUGGAGGCAACCUGCUGCAGAUGUUGUAUGACAAGCCCAGCCGCUGGUCCUACACCUUUCAGACCUAUGCUUGUUUAAGCCGUGUUCGUGCCCAGCUUCAGCCUCCCUCUGCCAAGCUACAACAGGCUGAGCACCCUGUCCAGUUCUACGAGCGCUCGGUCUACAGCGACAGAUAUGUUUUUGCUUCAAACCUCUUUGAGUCUGGAGACUUAAAUGAGACAGAGUUUGCGAUCUACCAAGACUUUCAUAGUUGGCUUCUCACGCAGUUUGAGUCUGACCUUGAGCUUGAUGCCAUAAUCUAUUUGCGGGCUGAUCCUGAGAGGUGUAUGCAGCGUCUUAAAUACCGAGCUCGUGAGGAAGAGUUGGGAAUUCCUCUGGAGUACUUGGAGAAACUUCACUAUAAACACGAGUGUUGGCUCUAUAACAGAACUACUCAGGUUGAUUUUGAGUACUUGAAGGAUCUCCCUAUUCUUGUACUGAAUGUUAACGAUGACUUCAAGAAUGACAGAAUAAUGCAGCAGGCAGUGGUUGACAAGGUGAAAGAAUUCCUGUCUACACUCUAAUACAUAAUCAAACAUUGUCCAAAGUGUUUGUGUGAGAUAAUGAUGUGUUUAAUACAUUUUUAUAGUUUAUAUCCCAAAUGUACCCGUUUACAGUAAUACAUGACAAAUUUAUUGAAUUUCAACUGAAAUAUUUUAUUAUAUUUUCAUUGUCAAGCUUUAAGUGUUUGAUACAUGAACAUUUUUAAAUGUAAAUAUGUACAUUUUUGCUAUUAAGUUUUUUAUGCUUUUUUAAUGUUUUUUAUGAUCGAAUAUGUAUUUUACAUAUUUGAAAAAUGUCUAAUAUGGCAAUAAUUAAAAUGCAAUAAAUAGUGUUGGACUUUA